AACAGCUGCCAGCCUCGGGUCGGGUCGGGUCGAGUCAGCAGUUGAGCACAGCAGAAGCGCCAAGCGAACAAACAAACCGGCCGCACCACACAACAAACACAAGCACCAUUGGCGCACGCUCGCUCUCGUCACCGCGCACCCAGUGGCAGCCUGCGAUCCCAAUGGAGCCCCCCACGCUCACGGCGCUGCUCAAGAAGGCGUCCGCCGCCUUCCCGUCCCGCCGCGCCGUCGCCGUCCCGGGUAAGAUCCAGCUCACGCACGCCGCUCUCGACGCGCUUGUUGAUGCGGCGGCCGCGCAGCUCGCCGCGGAUGCAGGAGUCCUCCCUGGGCGCGUCGUCGCGCUAUCCUUCCCCAACACCAUCGAGCUGGUGAUCAUGUUCCUGGCGGUGAUCCGGGCGCGCGCCGUGGCGGCGCCGCUCAACCCGGCCUACACGCAGGAGGAGUUCGAGUUCUACCUCUCCGACUCCGAGGCGCGCCUCCUCAUAACCAACGCCGAGGGCAACGCCGCCGCGCAGGCCGCCGCAGCCAAGCUGGGCCUCGUCCACGCCGCAGCGAGCCUCCAGGACGCGGCCGGCCCGCUCCACCUCGCCGGCCUCCCGACGGACUCCCACAAAGAGAACGGGAACGGCUCCCGCGAUUCGGCCCUUUUCAACAACGACCCGUCGGAUUUGGCCCUGUUCCUGCACACCUCCGGCACGACGAGCCGGCCCAAGGGUGUUCCUCUCACGCAGGGCAACCUGGCGGCGUCCGUCCAGAACAUCAGCUCCGUGUACCGCCUCGCCGAGACGGACGCCACCGUGAUCGUGCUCCCGCUAUUCCACGUGCACGGCCUCCUCUGCGGGCUCCUCAGCUCCCUGGCCUCCGGCGCCUCCGUGUCGCUCCCCGCCGCCGGCCGCUUCUCGGCGUCCACCUUCUGGGCCGACAUGCUCGCGUCGGGCGCCACGUGGUACACCACCGUGCCCACGAUCCACCAGAUCAUCCUGGACCGCCACGCCUCCAAGCCCGAGCCGCAGUACCCGGCGCUCCGGUUCAUCCGCAGCUGCAGCGCGUCCCUGGCGCCGGUCAUCCUGGAGAAGCUGGAGGCGGCGUUCGGCGCGGCGGUGCUGGAGGCGUACGCGAUGACUGAGGCGUCCCACCUGAUGACGUCGAACCCGCUGCCGCAGGACGGGCUGAGGAAGCCCGGGUCGGUUGGGCGGCCCGUGGGCCAGGAGAUGGCGAUCCUGGACGAGGAGGGCGGCCGCGUGGCGCCCGGGAAACCUGGCGAGGUGUGCAUCCGUGGCGCCAACGUGACCAAGGGUUACAAGAACAACCCGGAGGCGAACGAGGCGGCAUUCAGGUUCGGGUGGUUCCACACGGGCGACAUCGGCGUGGUGGACGAGGAGGGGUACCUGCACCUCGUGGGCCGCAUCAAGGAGCUCAUCAACCGCGGCGGCGAGAAGAUAUCGCCCAUCGAGGUGGACGCCGUGCUGCUCGACCAUCCGGCCGUCAAGCAGGCCGUCUCUUUCGGCGUGCCCGACGAAAAGUACGGCGAGGAGAUCAACUGCGCUGUGAUCCCUCGUGACGGUUCGCCGCUCGGGGAGGAGGAAGUUUUGGCGCACUGCCGGAGGAACCUGGCGGCGUUCAAGGUGCCCAAGAAGGUGUUCAUCACCGACGAGCUGCCAAAGACGGCCACCGGCAAGAUCCAGCGCCGCAUCGUCGCGCAGCACUUCGUUCAGCCGGCCAAGGCCUGAGAACGUGUGGUGGCCUGCCUAGUGGGUCGGUUCGGGACCCGCGCGGAGACUGCUUGGCAAGGCAGCUCCCGUGGUGUGCCGCCGUCGCGUGUGCGUUGCUUGGGUUUUACAUUGGGAGGUCAGGUCAUCAGGUGGAGAAGGUGAAAACGAAUAAGCAUUCUCGUGUGAUUUUUUUUCACCGCUUUUCUGCUGGCUUUUCUCUUGUUCUUACCGGGUGGGGGAAGAAUCCGCAGAACUUUUGAGAUGGUUCUGCCUAUUAUCUCGUGGCAUAUUCUGUCUGCCGUGGCCUGCAUAUUCUGUCUGCCGACUGCCGUGGCCUGGUAGGCCGUAGGCUGGUGUGACAGCCUGACUGACUAUCCAGACGGUAUGCAGUCUCUCUCGACGAACAUUUGACGAGUAAAAUCGUGCUUGGGGAAGAGGUGUCAGCCUGCCACCGCCCAAGUGCUCAUGGUUGGUCCGGCCAGCAGCCAGUUACGGUGGCCGACGGCCGCGCUGGGGCAGAGGAACGCGAAUCAACCUCUGCCGGCUGCUCACUGCUGGAUGACCGACCGGCUCCACGGCGUGGCGCGUGGCUCGCCGGAGAUCGAGGGAGCACAGAAACCAACAAGUCGUUCCGCCGAACACGUGAGCGCACAGGUCAGGUGCCCUGCAACCUGCCCGCGCGUCAGUCCGACCGCCCGUUUCUUGGAGACAUCAGUAAAAACGGAGUCCCCCAGUCCCUCCACACACCGAUCACGGCGUGGUUUCCAUCAGGCAGGCAAAAGCAUUGCACAUACUCGAUUGUAAAUCAUAUUAUCAGUCAAAACAAUCAGUGCCAUGCACGAAACUGAGCAAAUGCCUGCUCGUUCGCCGUACCCCUCUAUACGUCGAGCGACAACCGUGAUUAAUAUUAGUGUUCCUGAC